AGCUGCGGGGUUGAUCGGGAUAGCAUUAGGAGACUUAUCCGCUGCGUACGACAGCCGUAUUUGUGAAGCUCUUCUUAUCAAUCUUUUCUGACCUUAUAUUUUGUUUUUGCAGAAGCCUCAAAAUCACUCACCUUUCAACAUGCUGCUCACCUGCGCGAAGUUCGCCUCCACACCCGCCCUGGUGCGUGCGGCAUCCAGGUCCCUGUACAGGCCAGUUUCUGCUGCCGUACUUUCCAGACCAGAGGUCAGUGCUGUCCUGCCUCCGAUGGCCCUCACUCAGGUGGCCCUCAGGAGCUUCCAGACCAGCGCUGUGAGCCGCGACAUUGACACCGCUGCAAAGUUCAUUGGAGCGGGAGCUGCCACCGUGGGAGUGGCUGGAUCCGGUGCUGGAAUCGGAACCGUGUUCGGUAGCCUUAUCAUCGGAUAUGCCAGGAACCCAUCUCUAAAGCAGCAGCUCUUCUCUUACGCAAUCCUGGGCUUUGCUCUGUCUGAAGCCAUGGGGCUCUUCUGUUUGAUGGUUGCUUUCUUGAUCCUUUUCGCCAUGUAAAAAUCUGCUAGUUACGUGAACAUUUAGUACAGCUGUAACUACAUGUUUUUGCUGUUGCUACCAGCAUGUCUGCUGCUGGUCUCUGUAAAAGAAAAAUGUAUGAAUAUAAAGUCCACUCUUAAAACAAAUCAUGUAACAAUUAAAAAUGGUUUAACUAUUUAAAUCGCCCAAUCCUGUUCAUGCUUAUUGAAUGAGGACGACAACAGCUCCAUCGGUGCUGCUGGAAUAUCAAGCUGAAACUCACCAUGGAAAUAAACAACCUGAUAGCACUUUCUGUACAUCAGAAUAGGGAUGUUGUGAGUGUCUGUAGACUGUAAGGGUCCAUUCAGAUGUUUUCAGGGGUUAAACUGCUGGUCAAUAGUAUGACUGUAAAUUUAUAGCAGUUGGUUGAAAGCCAAUUAAAACCUCUAUUGCUUUUGUAAAUUGCAUUAAAUAAAUUUAGAUCACAGUUUACCGUA